AUGUUAGCGGAUGGGGAUAUCGGCUCACUCGCUUCGCAUCUGGAGCAGUUCAAGCUAGAUGACGAGCGCAGACAGAGUGAUCUAGCGAAUCUCAUCAAGGAGCAUGGCCAAUUGAUACACGAGUACAAGGUACUCAAACAAGCCUACGACAAAGAGAGUGCUAGUCCUUUUGCAGGGUCUUCCACCGGCGCAAAGACAACGCUGCGGGACCCCUAUGUCCUGAUGCUAGUCGAUGGCAACGACUAUAUUUUCAACGAUGAGUUUAUCAGUGAAAAAGAAGAAGGCGGUAUGCGCGCUGCCCGCAAGCUCAACGACGCCGUAGAGGAAUAUCUACGGCAAAACGUACCGCAGACAUCAUCUGCACGCGUAAUUGUACGCAUUUACGCCAAUCUUACCAACUUGUCCUUGCAGCUAGGGAAGAUGAAGUUGACCGGGCUUGAAAAACGAUCUAUAGCAUCGUUUACGGCGGCUUUCACACGUGCCCUGAGUCUCUUUGACUUUGUCGAUACCCUGGACGACGAAGGAACAAAGUUCAAAAUCAGAGAACAUUUCAAGAUGGCGGCUGAUGAUGCGGCCUGUAGCCACAUUCUGUACGCGGCCUGCAGCGACAAAGCCUACAUGUCCCAAUUGGUACCCUAUACUGGCGCCCUUGAUAAGAUUACGCUCGUCCAAGGUGCUGGGUGGGAUCCCGAGUUCUACCAGUUCAACUUGAAGGUGACCCAGUUCCCUACCGUUUUUAGGUUGUUGGGGUUGCCCGUCACAGCAUCAGCGACUAGUAGUAAGCCUGCAGCGACGAGUAGUAAACCUGCAGCGAGCGCCUCGCCCAAGCCAAAAGCGCCAGCCCAGCAGCCCCUACUCACGGAAAAACUGUUGAACAUCCGCAAAGAAUCGUGGAGGCGUAACGAGUCGACCAGCGUGACCGACUCGGCCUUUGGCGACUCUUCACCCGUAGAAUCAACCGACUACGCCGAACCAGAGUCCGUCAGAUGGGACAACGACCCGUCGUACACUCCACCGCCGCAAAGCGUCCAGUGGGACACCACCAAAGAUCAGGUGCCAUGCAAAUACAAGAAAAAAGGCUUCUGCCAUUUCGGCAAAAAAUGCCAGUUCUCGCACGGCCCUUGCAGCUCAAACGGCAGCGUAAACGGCUCGAAUAUACUGUACAGCCCCGAGACAAAAUCACUGUCUGGAUCCCCCCUGCCUGUCGAUGACACGGAAAUCAUCACAAAGACCGCUGCCAUGGACCGCACCAACGUAUCUGCGUACUUGCCGCAAGAAAGCAUGCCAGGCUUCAUUCCGCUGAACAGGUCGCUGCAGCGCCUCGACGUAUACGUGAGGCCACCGACGGCCUCGGAAUGGAAAGCCUACAACACGCGGUAUCAGAGGCAGAAAAUCUGCAACGCUUUCCACGUCCAGGGCAACUGCACCACGUUUGCGUGUGCGUUCGACCACAGCGAUCUGGAGCCAGAGGCGAAACACGUGCUCCUGUACAUUGUGAAGCGCAAUCCAUGUUCGAAGAAAGGAGAUUGCAGAAAGGAAAACUGCGACCAUGGGCAUCUGUGUCAGAAGGAUGGGUGCACGGGACCAAACGGCGGCAAGGGAGCGAAGGCCUGUAGGUUCAGGGCUGCAUUACAUUAUCCCGCUGAGCAGUGUCAACUGAGCACCUGGGUGCCUGCUCAGACUGGUCAAGAGGAACACAGCGCCAUGGAUAUGGGUGCCGGAGAGAUGGUGGAUAGGCUCUUGGAUGAUGACCAGGACCUGUUGUGGUAGGAUAUGUGCAGGGAGAUAGCUUGGUAUGGAAUUGGCUUGUUGUAGCGAUACCAGAUGAGUGGCCGAGAUGGUUAUAUUAGGUCUGUUUAUAAUAGUAAAUGGAACUC